AUGAAUUGCAGGACCCGAGAAGACAAGAUCAAUUGCACGAUCAUCAUGGAAUUCUUCCUUAAAGAGUUUUCUAGCACCCGAGAGCUGCAGGUCUUACAUGCUAUUCUUUUCUUGUUGAUAUAUAUUGCAGGCCUGAUGGGGAAUCUCCUCACUAUCGCUGCCAUUGUCACUGACCCACAUCUUCAUUCUCCAAUGUAUUUUUUUCUCAGCAACUUAUCCCUGUUGGACCUUGGCUGCAUCUCAGUCACUCUUCCCAAAUUCAUCGUGAAUUCCUUGACAGGCAAUCAAUCCAUUUCUCUCCAUGGCUGUGCUGCUCAGAUUUUCUUCCUCAUCUUCUUUGUUGCAACUGAAUUUGCUUUGCUUGUGGCUAUGUCUUAUGACCGCUUUGUGUCCAUCUGCCACCCCUUACACUAUGGGGUCACCAUGACACCACUCCGUUGUUUUUGGGUGGCAGGUGGUUCAUGGCUCAGUGGACUCCUCUAUUCAGCUGUCCAUACUGGGAAUAUGUUCCGUUUGCCUUUCUCAGGAUCCAAUACGAUCCAUCAGUUUUUUUGUGAUAUCCCUCAUAUCUUGAAGGUCUCAUCUUCUGAGAUAUUGUGUGUUGACCGAGGAAGAAUAACUUUUGGAGGCCCCACCCUGGAUCAGGAGGAUUCAGAGAGCUUUGUGGUCCUCUCAAGACCCAUGGGACAUACCAAGGCCCUUAGGAUCGAAAAGAGUGAAAUACAUUACAAAGCAUAG